ACUAAGAUUUGCAUUAAAAUAAACAAAUUUAGUUUUAAUAUUUUCUAGGCGCCGUUUAAGCGCAAUUUAAGGCAUGGCGAACAGCUACGACAUACCCAGUUGGGCCGGCAAACCGCCUACUGGUCUGCAUUUGGAUGUGCUGAAGGAUGAGAAACUAGUCCAGAAACUGAUGGUGGAUGAGAAAAGAUGCUAUCUUUUUGGACGGAACAGCCAGAUGAACGACUUCUGCAUAGACCACGCCUCCUGCUCCCGCGUCCAUGCGGCCUUCGUUUACCACAAGCACCUAAAUAUAGCCUACCUCGUAGAUCUUGGAUCCACUCAUGGGACCUUCAUUGGCACGUUGCGACUUGAAGCUCACAAACCCACACAGCUGCAAAUAAACAGCACCUUCCACUUUGGAGCCUCCACCAGGAACUAUAUACUCAGGGAGCGGCCCUCAGGGCACCAUAGCAACAUUAUGGAGGACCUACCUCUUAGCGAGACCAGCGACGGCGCUCUAUUGGGCCUGCCCGAAAGUCAAACCGAACUGGAUAAUCUUACGGAGUACAAUACGGCUCACAACCGGCGCAUCUCAAUGCUGGGAAUUGACGACGACACCAAUAUGCGUAAGCAAAACGCCCUCAAACAGGGUCGUCGCAGCCGAAAUGUCACAUUCAACGACGAGGAAAUCAUUAUAAAUCCGGAGGAUGUGGAUCCCAAUGUGGGACGUUUCAGGAAUCUUGUGCAGACGACUGUGGUGCCGGCCAAACGCGCUCGCUUCGAUGUCAACCACAUGGGUAUCCACUCGGGCAGCAGCCUGGCGAAUGCCAACGCCGCUCACGUGCACCAGUUGUUCCAGCAGAGUCUGGCGGAUAUGAAGCACCAGCAACACAGAGAAAUGCCCCCACCCCAUGCGGUUCCUCACUCGCCUACCAAUUCGCUAUAUCAAGGCAUACCGGCUGAGGCGCAUGGAAAGGGUGAACUGGAGCCCAUUUCACCGUUGAGCAUUGGCUCCAAGUUGGGUCUGUUGCUGCCAAAUCCUGCGCCCGAGGUGCUCCCUGUCUUCGAAGAGGCUCUGGAGCCGACCUCCUCGUUGGCCCAGAAGUUGGCGGUGGCCAAUGCAAAUGUGAGGCGCUAUGUGGAGGAUCCGCACGACUCCAGUGGCGAAGGCGAUGCCUUGUGUCCACAGAAAAAGAAAUACGCCAAGGAGGCUUGGCCCGGCCGAAAGCCCAUGCUCGGUCAGCUGUAAAGGUUUCUCAUUUAGUUUGGCCAUAGUUCGUAGAAAAGAAAAAAAUAUCUAAAAUCCUACUUCAGAUUUCAUAAAAAUAGACAAGACUAGGCAUCCUCUUGAGUAGUGGUCGGCGAAGUCCCAUAUAAGACUUAUACAA